UGCUUCCCCCAGGCUCGUCCAGGCGCUGCCGUCGGAACGGAUCGGAGCGGGGUGGAAAGGCGGCUCCGCCACUGCCGUGCGCGGCCCCGGCACCUGCCGCGAGCUGGAAUGUUUGCUGCUUUCCCUACAGGGUUAUAAGCUUUGAUAUUCAGAAGACCAAACUGAAAGAUGCCAUCUGAGAGGUGCCUGAGUGUUCAGGAAAUGCUGACAGGUCAGAGGCUUUGUCAGUCCAGCUCCCAUAAUGAUGCUGUCCUGGCAGCCCUGAACCAACAAAGAAGUGAUGGCAUACUUUGUGAUAUUACCCUUAUUGCUGAAGAGCAGAAAUUUCAUGCACAUAAAGCAGUCCUGGCAGCCUGCAGUGACUACUUCCGAGCAAUGUUUAGUCUCUGCAUGGUUGAAAGUGAAGCUGAUGAGGUGAAUUUACAUGGUGUCACAAGCCUUGGUUUAAAACAAGCCCUGGACUUUGCAUAUACUGGACAGAUCCUCUUGGAACCAGGGGUGAUACAGGACGUCCUGGCAGCCGGGAGUCAUUUGCAGCUGCUGGAGCUUCUCAGUUUAUGUUCUCACUAUCUCAUUGAGUGUAGGACUCUGCUAGAGAAGUGCACUGUUCAGACUGGGAGGUUAUGUAACAAGCAGGAACCUGCACAGGAAUUUGAUUUCAUUUCCUCCAGUACAGACUCCUCUAAGCAGGAAUUAAAUAGUUUUAAUUACUUGGACCUGUAUAAGCUUGCAGACCUCUUCAACCUCACUUUGUUGGAGAAUGCAGUCAUUGGCUUCCUAGUAAAACAUCUCUCUGAGCUACUGAAGAGUCAUCCUGAAGAAGUUCUGGCACUCCCAUACUGUCUUCUUCGAGAGGUUUUUAAAAGCGAUAGACUCACUUCACUCAGUGAAGAACAGAUCUGGCAGCUGGCUGUAAGGUGGUUGGAACACAACUGCCGCUACCAGUACCUGGAUGAGCUUCUCCAGUACGUCCGCUUUGGCCUUAUGGAUGUGGAUACAUUGCAUACUGUGGCUCUUACUCAUCCUCUUGUCCAAGCAAGUGAAACUGCGACAGCACUCAUUAACGAGGCCUUGGCUUACCACCAGAGCGUCUAUGCACAGCCAGUUUGGCAAACCGCAAGGACAAAACCCCGCUUCCAGUCAGACACUCUCUACAUUAUUGGUGGGAAAAAACGUGAAGUCUGUAAAGUGAAAGAAUUGCGAUAUUUCAAUCCAGUAGAUCAGGAGAAUGUUCAUAUCGCAGGGAUUGCUAACUGGAGUGAGCUAGCGCCUAUGCCUGUAGGGAGAAGCCACCACUGUGUUGCUGUCAUGGGAGACUUUCUUUUUGUAGCUGGUGGAGAGGCAGAGCACUCCACAGGGCGCACGUGUGCGGUGAGAACAGUCUGUCGAUAUGACCCUCGCACUAACUCUUGGGCUGAGAUAGCUCCGAUGAAGAACUGUCGGGAACACUUUGUGCUGGGAGCCGUGGAUGAGUACCUGUACGCCGUAGGGGGCAGAAAUGAAUUGCGUCAAGUGUUACCUACAGUGGAACGCUAUUGCCCCAAGAAGAACAAGUGGACCUUUGUUCAGUCCUUUGAUCGAUCGCUCUCAUGCCAUGCGGGAUAUGUGGUGGAUGGUCUUCUUUGGAUAUCAGGAGGAGUAACAAAUACUGCACAGUAUCAAAACAGGCUCAUGGUCUAUGAUCCUAAGCAGAAUAAGUGGUUAAGCCGUAGCCCAAUGUUGCAGAGGAGAGUGUAUCACUCCAUGGCAGCUGUCCAAAGGAAACUUUAUGUGUUAGGUGGGAAUGAUCUUGACUACAACAAUGAUCGGAUCCUGGUCCGGCACAUAGACUCCUACAGCAUAGAUGCUGACCAGUGGACGCGUUGCAACUUCAACAUGUUGACAGGUCAAAAUGAGUCUGGAGUUGCUGUCCACAAUGGUAGAAUAUAUUUAGUUGGUGGCUAUUCGAUUUGGACAAAUGAGCCUUUGGCAUGUAUCCAGGUGCUGGAUGUUAGCAAGGAGGGGAAGGAAGAGGUAUUCUAUGGGCCUACGCUCCCCUUCGCUUCCAAUGGAAUAGCUGCAUGCUUUCUUCCAGCUCCAUAUUUCACAUGCCCCAAUCUUCAGACUUUGCAAGUGCCUCACCACAGGAUUGGCACAAUGUGAGACACUCCUUGCGCUUCACAAAAUCAGAAGUGGAGGGGGAGAGCAUCAAACCCUGUGUAUAGAAGGGUUUCUCUGGGUCAAUGAGAAGAAUCAAUCCACACAGACUGCUGCUUUACCAUCACACAUUUGUCUUAAGGUCAGAUCACAACAAGCAAGAAGGACGCUACAAAAACUGUCUGCAGUUUCUCUCCUCUGCCUCAGAUGUAGAAGCACAUACAUGAGAGUGUUUGGCAUUUUUGCUGGUGACUACUUGCUAUGUGUCUACUUCAUUUCCUUAUGCAACUUUGUAAGGCAUUGUGGAUGCUCUCAGCUUCUUCUGGGAUGCUCUUUUUUCGGGUCUUUAUGUUCAGUUGUUCACCAAUGGCACUUUCAAAGAUGAUAGAAAGCUCUGUUUAUGUUGAUAAAUAUGAUAUCUGGUAAAGAUGAUUACUCUGGUAAUUAUGCAACUUACUCGAUACCUUUGGUAAAAAGAAUAACAAAUGUGUUGACUUCCAAUUCCGAACUCUGUCGUUUACAAUUUCUCAUUUAAUAAUACUUCAUUUUAAAUUUAAAUACUUCAAAACAGUUUAAAACAAAGCGAAAAAGCAAACAAGCCCUAUAGGAUAUGGGGAACAGAUAAAAAUUUUCUCAGCUGAAAGAGAAAGAAACUGAUGCCUCAUGGUUAAACUCAAGUCUGAACUGAAUUUUUUUGUCUGAGAAUCUAAAUAUCGUUUGGGAUGUCAUUUACCAAGGUCUACUAUCAAAUAAAUGUUACCUUCUGUCAUAUGAUCAAUUCUUCCUGACAGCUGCAGUCUUUUAAUGGUGGAGAUCAGCCCCUUUACUGUAUAAUUAAAAUGUGCCAUUUACUUAAUAUUUUUAAUAUCCAGUUUGCAAGGGGUCACCACAUUUACAAUUAUCAGUGAACAGUCUCAUUUGUCCAACAUAUGGUCCCACAAAUCACUGGUCUCCAGAGGCUAAACAGGUGUAGAACAAUGUCAAUAUUUAUUUAUUCUUUCCGUUUAUAUAGUGUGUCUCCAUUCCAUUCUCCAGGCAUAUGCCAGCUCACAACAAAUACUCUAACCUGAUAUAUUUUGGCUUUGCUGGGCUACUGCAGCCCCUCUUAUUUCUGUGUUUUAUUUACAUAGCUAACAAAAUUUUCAAUGUUUGUAAAUAUUAACCAAGCAUGUUAUUAAAUCUUCCUCUAUUUCU